AUGUUGCUGGGUAUUGAGCCGCCGGCGGUGAUUUUGAGAACGCCUCAGCUGAAAAUGGGAAAUUGUUGUGAGACGUCUGCAUCCACGUCAAAUCGGCAUAAGCUGCAUCAGCCGUUGCCGCAGCACGUAGCCGAAAAUUCGUUUCAGUCCAGCGGUUCACCAUUAGUGAUCUCAGCAGACGGCCAAUUCAGAUUUGCAGUACCGAACGGUGUUCAGUCGGCGUCUUCGCCGAAUCAGGUCGGUACUCCCCUCUGCAGAAGAACGACCAAUGUUCCGUCUGUGUCUAUACAGUCUCCAGCUCCUGUGCCAGCCAAAAAGCCCUUCACGCCAGGUUCGGUGGUUCUGAUAGCUUUAUAUCCUUACGAAUCCAGGGCUGACGGAGAUUUGAGCUUUAAGAAGGGUGACACGAUGUUGCUGCUGGACAACAGCAACGCUGACUGGUGGUAUGUAAAGCAUUUAGCCACUGAACAGACCGGAUACGUCCCUCGAAACUUUGUCGCCCGACAGGAAAGUCCUGAAAGCGAAGAAUGGUUUGCCGGAAGAAUACCUCGUAACGUCGCAGAGAAAUUGGUCAUGAAUCCUGGUUUGCUGCGCGGAACAUUUCUGAUCAGGGAAAGAGAAACGGAAUGCUCCGAAUAUGCGCUUACCAUACGAGAUAAGGACGAAGAAAAGGGUGAAAACGUGAAACAUUACAAAAUCAAGCGUUUGGAAAACGGGGGCUUUUUUAUUACGACAAGACGCACUUUUGCGACUUUACAAGAUCUCGUCAAAUACUACAGCGGUAAAAGCGGAUGCUUCCGAUAG